CCCGCAGCCCCGGCGGGCGGACGGAGCGGGAGCCGCUGCGGCAGCGCCGGAGCCCCGAGCCCGCAGCAUCCUCCCAGCUCAAGAUGACGACGGCCACGCCACUGACCAAUAACACUCAGCUCUCAGUGAAUGUGACCACGAAGUCUCAAGAACAAAGUCUCUAUCAAAGUUCUGGAGCAAUAGUUGCUGCCAUUGUGGUGGGGGUGAUUAUUAUUUUCACAGUGGUUCUGCUCAUCCUGAAAACAUACAACAGGCGCAUGCGAGUGCGGCGGGAGCUGCAGCCCAAAGCCUCCAAGCUGGCAGUGCCACCUGCUGUGGGGCACAGCAGCCACAGCCUGGCGCAGCAGCCCGCGGUGACCUUCAUCCCCGUGGACAUCCACCUGCAGAGCAGGUAACGGCAGCUCCUGCAGAGAGGAGAUGGAAUUGGUAUCCCGUGGAGAUGGAACUGGUAUCCCGCGGAGCUGGGACUCCUCAGACAGCUGCUCUGGGAGCAGCAGAUGUUACUGGCUCUGUAAACUGACACAAAUCCUGGUUUCUUGCUCUGGGAGGAAAAACCAGAGGUCGGGACACUUUUCCUGGGACUGAAAUGACAGGUGGAAUCACCAGGAUGGCAGCAAGGUCUCCUCUGGGUCUGGAUGAACCAGGAAGAGAAGAUGCCCAGGUUUUGGGGAGCUUUUGCUUCCUCAGAGACUCUGAACCCUCUCUGUUCUGCUGAUGAACUGGAGGGAAAGUCUGGACAUGCCCCAAGUUUGGACCUGAGUUACAUUCAAGAGGUUUGUGGCUUAUUUUAUACCUGAUGGGUAGUACAGGAGGUAUCAAAAUUGUAUUUAUCUUUAUUCAUAUGUCAUGUUUCUAAUCUCACAUAUGUACAGGUUGAGGAAAAAAAAGUUACUUCUUAUUUUCAAGUAUUUUAAACUAUUCCUGUAAACUCUGUAAGUGUCCCUUUCUGAAGGAACUCGCUGUCUGAGGGGGCUCACUCACAGUUCAGGUUCAUGGCUGGAGCUGUCUUACAAUGCUUGGUCUUACACAAAUCUGAGUUCUUUAACUGAAAAAAAUAAGCAUGGAAAUGGAAAAAAUAGAAAAAACCAGCUUGGACACAGCAAGGGAGGUCUGAGCAGCCCAGUGUGCCACUCGCCCUGCAAGGCUUUGCUCCCUGGUGCAGCCCAGCUAUUUUUAGCCAUUUUUUAGUCUCAAAACCAAGCCACAGCGAGGCUGUUUUGUGAGUGUGAGGGCUGUGGGUGUGCAGCAGUGGCACAAAGGAAUUCCCAGGGACACUCUCAGCCCACGGGGUGGGAACACAGCACCAUUGUCAGACACUGACUGCCAGACUGGCUGAGAUUUUAUAUUUUGUGGUUUUUUCCAAUAAGCUUGGAUCUCUUGAGCAGGUCAGUUUAACUAACUGGUAAUUUUUAUUGUGCAGAAACGAAAUUCAAUUAGUUUGCAAUAUUCUUUUUUUGGCUGAAACUGGUGCACAGUUUGGAUUCCAAACCAAAUAUUGAGACAGCUGUUUGUGAAGUUUCUGAAUCUCCUUGUACAUACUUCUCUCAUCUUGGUUCUGUACCUUAUUUUUUGUGGCAGGGAGGAUUGAUUUAAGAAUUCAGAAGGGACAGCAGAUGCAUAUCUAAUUUUUUUUUUCCAAAAAAAUAUAAAGGAACUGAUUUUCUGUUUCCGUCUCUGGAUGUCCUCUGAGCAGUUCCAUGGGAUCAAAAUCAAGAUUUUUGGGGAAGAUAAGCCCAUCUUACUGUUAUUUUUUUUAAC